CAAGCUGUAAAACAGAGCUUACAACAGUUGUAUCGCAGUGGACAGAGUAAGCAACAUUCAUAAGAAGAAGAAAAGGGUUUUUUUCCUAACAAGCCAGCUUGUGUCGGCAGUUAGCAACAAAUGCAUGACAAAUCCAUUCGCUUGGCAGGAGAGACAGGAUGCAACAGGUAUUCCGUAGAGAAGGUAUAAAUCUAUACUAUUAUUCAAACAAAACAAAGAAGUUCUCUCUUGACUCUUGGUACCUGCCUCAGCUGCACCUACUCGAAAGCAAAGGAAACAAGAAAAGCAAGGCAGCUAUGGACCAAUACUUCAUACAUCCUUCCCGGACGAGACAAGAAAGGGAUCUUACAGACAGGAAGCACCGCCCGGAACAGCAACAACUACAACGACGGGUAACUCGCUGGAAAAAAGAAGUCACAACUAGAUCAAGACCUAAGGAGACUUCGAGCACACAUCUUCCCUAUCACGGCUCAUACUAAGAAAGACUCUCUAGUAAUGACAGAGCAGCUAGCCGCUCAAUCGUGCCUUACCUCAGUAGAUGCAUACGCACAACCCGGAAGGCACUCCUUCCCUACAACUUGUUUACUUAGGAAUCACAGCUACGCCAGCAAUCUAUCUCAUCAAGCUACGUAGAACCAGGAGAGGAGUGACUCUUAACUGUGCUCUAGCAACAAGCCAGCUAGCCCUUAUAGUGCCCGAAG